AUUUCCUCCCCUCUCUAAAUUGCUCAACCCUAGCCCCGCGCGAGAUCCAGGAUAUGGAGAGAUGCUGACAACUAAGAGAAGCGGUGACGAUCUCACAAGAAGCACAAGCGAGGAACUAACAACUAGCAAUGAUGGUGGAGAGAUUUUACCUUAUUAUCUAACAAGCUUGAAUAAGAGGCAGAAGACUUGCAAGGGUGGGGAAGAGGCUUUCAAGUCAUUGCCUUCAGGUCUGCUUGUAAUUCCUUUUAUCAUUUAGUGGCUCAUUGUGUGUAUAAUUUUUUUUAUUUAACUAAGUUCAGGUGCUACUUUUGGCGGGGAGCUUGGCAGUAGUGGCUCUGCCCAAGAUGUCUCUGAACGUCUCAGUGAAGAAGCUGUGUGAAAAAUAUCCCGAAGUGCCAUCUCGCUUUCGUUGUUUGAUGGUGAUUUUGGCUGUUUGAUGCAUCUGGAUUUUCCAAAUACUUGUUUGAUCACCAACAAUUAACUGUUGAAAUUAUAAUCUUUUGUAGGAGGCACCAAUGUGCUUACAUGCUCAGGUGUUCCCGUCGAACGCAAAGUAUCUUAUGUAAGAGUACUGACUUCAGCAAAAUUAGCUACAGCUUUGAAGAAUAAAAGAAAAGCUGGCUGUAGCAUGAUGAUUCAAGUACGUGAUGUAUCCAAUAACAUUGCCAGAGGGUGGUUGCAACACUAUGAUAUAGACCUUGGGAUUGCUUUUGUCAAGGUCACAGAGUUCAUUGAUGCUUGUGUAGUACAUCUCUGUCAUGGAAUGGAAUUUCUGCCCCAAGGUAACCUAGUAGCUAUACAACUUACUGACUCUGGUGCAUUAACACCCUUGAUGCUGUCUAAAGAUUCAAGUGCUUUUGAAGAUGGCAAAGUGCUUUGUAAGUCCUCUAAGGCUGGUGAUGGUGUGCCACUUUUUGAUGGUGAUGGAAACUUUGUUGGCAUGAACCUUCUUCUGGAUACAGGAAGAUGGUCUUAUCUUCAAAUGAGUGUAGUUAUUGAACAAUUAGAGCAUUUGAGAAAAGGAACAAAUUGCGUGUGAGAAGAUGGCUAUUCAAGUAUGUCUUGUACAUUUCCAGAAUAAACUGGCAAUGCUUUCCCAAUUUGCUUAUCUAUGCAUGUCUUUCACUGGUUGUCUUGGCUGUGCGUUCCCAAUUGGUGGUUGUGAUCGUGUGAACAAGGCUGAACAUUAUCUGUUGGUUACUUUUGCAGACUUUUGGGAUUUGUACUUCUUAGGA